AAGAUCCAAAUAGUGUAUGGAAGGAACUAUGCCUCACCAAGCUCUGCUCUUGGUUCUAGCUAUCCUGCUGGCCUACUGGCCCCAGAGGGGGUUAGUUCAGGAGGUCCAAUGACCUGUCCACACUAUUUGCAACACGGACAAACUGCAGAUGUUCUAUCGCAGCUGUGACCCUUUACAGGACAUUGGCAUCAGUGUUAACACGUGCCCUCCCAUGCCACCAUCCUACAAGGGCAAUUUGAGAGUGUCACUUCUGCUUCGGCAGUCUAUUGAGGAGCUAUACCUGUCUGCUAAUGUGCUCACAGGAGUGGUGGCUCCGUUAUCCCAUGACGAGCCCCUGUGCCUGCCCGAUUUCCCCUGCUUCACCUUCUGCUCCCGGAAGAAAGGAGGGUCAACAUGAUGUGCAUGUUGUUUUGGUGAACCAAUACGGUUACCACAUUGCCUGCUUCAAUGUCACUUUCAUAAAAGAUAGGGGAGACAAAGGUUUAAUAUGAAUUAGAUUACAUAAGGGAUGAGAGGAGAAUAAUAAAUCAAUUUGGCCAUAUUUGGUCAAUAGUUUUUGGAUAGUGUGGUGAAUGCUACUGAAAUAACGAACAAUGUACUGAGAUAUUAGCUGUGUUUGCAAUACUUUAGAUUUGUCAUUCUAUAAACAUAUAGAAUUAUUGGACACAGAUUAAGCCUAGUACUAGAUUUAAAACUACUUUGAAUGAAGAAUCUCUCUUAAACAUGCUUAUUCUUAGUCUAAAACUAAGCUUAAUCUGUGUCCGGGAAACCGGCCCAUGUACAAAACUAAACCACGUACAAAACUAAACCAUUUGAUUAAAACUGACCUGCAUCAUAAUUCAAAUAACAUUAAUUAGAAAUCCAUGUUUUGUGAAAGUGCAUAAUGUCAGUCUAAAUAGAGUUUGUUCAAGUAUACGUUCUUGUAAAUUAGUUAUUUGUUAUUUGCUCUGCAGGUUCUCUGAAUCCCCUGCUACAUAUUUCAACAAACAACGAACAAAUUAGGUUUCUUAACGUUCUUCUGACUACUGAUGACUCCAAAAUGAAACUCUUACUUAAAAUAAACACUUCAAAAGCAAAAAUGUCCUGACUGAGUAGGCAUACAUCAGCAGUUUCCAGUCUGGUCCACUAGAGGGCCUGCUCUUUUCAGUGUGAGACAGUACAAAUAGAUAAUUCUCCAUGCCAAAUGUGAGAAGUUCCUUGUUGGUUUUAUUGUUGACAUAACAAUUUGUGAACCCAUUAAUGUAUCCUGUUACAUCAAUGUCACUGUGUUAUUUAUCAGUAAAGGUGCUCUGUGGUCGAAUUGGACAGUGAUGCUAUUUUAGCUGGAUGUUGAUACAUUGUCGCUUUUGGUGAUUGUACAUGUGAAUUUGGAUACAUUGUUAUAGGCAAUACAAUAUUAUUGUUUCCAUGUUUUCAACUUUUUAUUGUCUUUGUAGACUCCUUUUCUCUUUGUCAAAUGCUUCACUCACUGUGUGGACUUUCCAAGCAGAAGAUGGCUUGGGUCACUAUCAGAGAAAGGAGUCUGUGUUUCAGUGCUAGGAGGCAUUGAAAAAAACAUAAACUAAAAGUCACAAGAGCUCAUUCUGAAUAAAAAACCCUCAU